CGAGCAAAGUUUUCUAGAGAAAAAAAAAAUGUUGGGCCUUAGGCGAACGGUCGGGCUGGCGGCGGCGCUUGUGUUUGCGGCGGCGGUGCUGCAGGAGGCGGCGGCGGUACGAUACACUGUGGGCGCCAAUGGGCUAGGUGGCUGGACCAUUGAAGCCGGGAACUUCUCGAACUGGACUAUUGACAAGCACUUCUACAGAGGAGAUUGGCUCUAUUUUGUGUCGAAUAGGAACCAAUACCAAGUGCUCGAGGUGAACAGCACCACGUACAAUACUUGCCGAUUUGACCAUCCGCUCGGCAACUUUACGGGUGGGGCCGGAAGGGAUGUGAUGGAACUCAACGAGACUCGGGAUUACUAUUUUAUCAGCAGCGAGUGGCAAUGUCUUGGGGGCAUGAAACUUAUGGUCCAUGUGGAGAACCCGCCACCUCCGCCUUCGAGCCCUCCCUCGGGAAGCGGGCCCCACUCGAGCUUCGUCUCGGGUUUUCGGGCCCGGGCUUUGGUUCCGGCCCUUUUGGCGGCCGCUGCUGUUUGGGACUCGUUGCUUCUACUCUUGUAGUUGUAGCCGAUGUUUUUAGUCGAACCAAUUGUGACAAGGGAAAAACACAAAUUGAGUUUCUGUGGUUGAAUGAUUUUGUUAGUUUUUCUCUCUUUCUUUUUUUUUUAAAAAAAAUAUUGAGAUCAAGAUUGGUUGGUUUGUGAGAGGUGGUUCGGGUGAAUUCGUAUGCGUCGACACCAGAUUUUGAGCCGUUAAAUCAACACACCCACAAGGGUCGAAUCUUUCUUUUGAGUGUGAUAGUUCAAAUAGUUGUUAAUUAGACUGAGUCACUCGUUAGCCAUCAAACGAACUGAGCUCGAGCUCAUAUAAAGCUCGUUCAGUUAACGAUCCGAGCUCGGCUCGGCUUAAUAAUGCUCGAAAAUAUGAUUUUUAUGAUUUUUUUUUAUAGUUCGACUCGAU